AUGCAGUUUCAUCAGCCAUUGUUUCAAGACGAAGCUCCUUCACAGACCCUUUUAGAGCUCACUAACUUGGACUCUUUCCGCGACCAGUUUCUUCCUCCCCAAGAAACCUAUUUUCCUUACAAUAAAGCUGAAAUCUUCGACAAAACGCGCUACUACUGUAACACUCACAACCAUUUUCCAAAACCUAACCCGGAUUUCGUUCCAGAAGCUUCCGUCGUCUUAUGGGAUUUUCCAGUUCCGGAUUUCCCCUUGGUGUUCAAGGCAGGACUAGGAGAACAAGACGGCGCCAAGAAACCAAAGCUUUCAUCUCAGAGCAUGGUGGCUCGAGAGAGGAGAAGAAGAAUUGCGGAGAAGCUUAACACCUCCGAGAUGAAGGAUGUUUGUUUGGUUCCGUGUGAAAUGGUUCGAGAUCUAACAAGUGCAGAACUCUUUUGA